AUCAUCUUGUUUUCUCAUGAGAAAACUUUAACUUGCUGGAUUUCGUGAGUUUUGAUGGAAGACAGUCCAAAUAAAGACAUGCAUACUUACGUUAAGUAACAACCAUUUCACAUUUGCAUACUACCAAGAGCUCGUCGAACAAUUUUGUUUUUGUGUAAAAUAAGGUGUAUUUUAAUUAGGCGUGACUUGAACUGGUUGCAAUGGCUGUAAUCGAAUUUGAAAUCGAUGCCGAUCAGGAUUCUCCCCCCAUCGCAGUUCCAACCAGUGGUGGAAACUUGUACCAGGAAUAUCUUGCCACUCCCUGGCUAGAGGAGCAUUAUGACCCUUCUAAUUUCCAGUCUCGGCUACAUCGACCAAUUCGACACGUAAAAGUAAGCCGGGCUUUGUCCGGUGACGGGUACAAACCUUGCUACCUCUUCGCGUCAAUAUUACCAAAACAUGUCGGAACUGGGGAAAAGACCAAUGUCAAUAAAAAUUUGGCGAGAAUGAUUCGCUACCGAGGAAAACGAAAAGGGGAUGAUUGCGGUCACAUAAUUGCGGCACAAUUGGGAGGAAAAAUGGUGGAAUUUAACCUAUUUCCCCAAGACAAGAGGAUCAAUCGGGGUAUAUACGGUCUCAACAAGUGGUGGCGUAAAGGCGUCGAGAAAAUAAUUUUGGCUUGGCUCACCCUCCCCAAAAAUGUCAAACCCUGCGUAGAAUUUGAGAUAAUUUUAUACUACGAAGACCCAGAAUAUCUUGACCGGCCUACGCGUGGGAAAUUUUUGAUAACUAUGAAAAUGGAUGAUGACGAUGACGAUGACGAUGAAGAAGAAGACGACGACGACGAAGAUACAGUUUUACAUCCGACUUUAAAAGGGGAAUUGUUGAACGAGUUAGAGCUUGCUGAAGAAGAUGUGAGGGAAUCUGUCUAUGAACGGAUAAAUUGGACCAAAUUUUCAAAACAUUUUGGCAAUUGUUACAGUCUGUAUAGAAAAUUUUUAAAGGAAUUGUUUAAAGCGACUAUUGAACUGGGUAAAAUUCCGGUAAAAACUCCCACCCCGAUAAAACCACCAACGCCAAUUCCGGCACCUGCACCUUCUCCUCGUGGUUCAAAUACCCCAUUUUCUUGGUGGGACAUUGUCCCCGUUGUCGGCAGCGUGCGAAACAUUGUGCAAGGCGUGGAAGACGCCGAAGAUGGAAAUGCAUUAGGUGCAACUUCAAACGUUGCCCUUGGCCUGGGAGGGCUUAUCCUUGACGUGAUAAGUUUGGGAACACUGAGUUCCGUUGGCCGCUCCAUCGCCAAGGAAGGAGGGAAGCAGGUCUUGAAGGAGGGUGGAAAACAAAUUGCUAAAGAGGGGGCUAAAGACUUGGCUAAAGAAGGUGGCAAACAAAUGGGAAAAAUCGCGACUAGAACGGUUGUUAAAGAGGUUGUAAAGGACGUGGCUGUAAUUACGUGUCGAGCUGCUGCGGCUGCAAAAUUUGCAACUUAUGUGUUACAACGACCCGUGUAAAACUAUAGUAGUAAUUACUGCAUAUAGUAUUAAUUUACUAUUUUUUAGUAAAUUAAUAAAUUGAAUUUGAUCUACCAUAAGAUCCAUUAGAAGUUUGAAGAUCUGGAAAUGCAUAGAAUUGUUGUCUCAAAAUAGUUGAUUUUAUUGCAUACUAAAUAUCCAUUAUGUAUCUUUCUUUUUCUUGCUUUCUCAAUUAUAUAUUAAAUAUCUGCAUAUUCUGCAGCUAUCACCAUUUUCUACCAUGUACAAUUAUUCCGAGGGAUCUAAUUUCAAGAGUAUGAAUUUUGAUUCUAUGAUCAUUGUCACUUUAUCGUAUAAAAAAUUCUGAAUAUUUGACUUUUAGUAUAAGUAUGUACUUAAUAAAUU